ACACACUGAUGGGUAUACACGGACACACAGACAGGGUAUAUAUAUUAGAGAGAGAGCGAGCGAGAGAGAGGGGGGGAGAUUUUGUCAAUGGUGUGUAUUUGGCCAAAUGGAGAAAGAAACAUGCAAUUACAGACAUGCACAGAAAUCUAUAUACACACACUCACACGUGUGUGUAUAUAGAUUGGUAUUGAGUAAAACAUGCUGUUGAGACAGACACACAGACACACACAAGAGACCUAGCUAUGGUUUUCAGACCAACAGCACAGCUCCAUAGAAACAUUCACUGCAGCUGAUCUCCUCCACUGACAUGCAUAUAUGCACACGACACCACAACCACCACCACAACCACCACCACAACCACGACCAUCACCACUUCUCACAUGCACAGUCUAAAUGCUAGAGGUGCAGGUCUGCAACUGCCUUCUCUCUCUGUGUUGCGUGUGUACCAGGGAAGUCGGAGAACACCAUCACCACCACCACCACCAUCAUCAUCAUUGUUGUCAUCAUCAGCAUCACCAUCAGCACCAGUUUAAUACACCACUACCACAGCACCACCACAACACCACUACACCACUACUGCCUGUACAGUAAUGAUACUGUCAAACCGUAGCAGCAGUUAGAAGAGAAGUUGUGAGAUAUGAAUCUCCUGUCACAAUUAUCAAUGAUGGACCGCUUUAUGGAGAAUGCUUUUGUUCAUUGACCAAUUUUUUAGUGAUGAAGAGAAUAAAAAGACAAGAUGUCCUUCACACAGCGGCAAUACUUUCCUUGGUUCUUCACUGCUGCCUCUGUGUAGACAUUACCUACCAUGUGGAAGAAGGGAAGGGACCUGGAGCGUAUGUGGGAGACAUCGCUACAGACUUACACUUGAUGGACAAAAUACCAUUCCAAGAUCACAAUCUUAUAACGUUCAGCCAGUUGGAACAAAGACUGUCAGACAGUUUCCGCUUGUUCAAUGUGACCAAGAAAGGUAAACUGCACACAGCACAAUCACUAGAUGCUGAGUCCCUGUGUUCAUAUAAAAUGGAAUGUUCCAAAAUAGUCAAAGUGGCAGUUCGAAAAGCUGAAACUUUUAUGAAAGUACUGAAGAUUAAAGUUGUUAUACAAGAUGUUAAUGAUAACCGACCAGAAUUUCCUGAAAAGUUUGCCAACAUCCAGUUCUCUGAAGGGGACAAGGAAGGAAUGAAGAUUUCUAUUCCAAAUGCUAUUGACAAGGAUAUUGGGGUUCCAUAUUCCAAAAUUAAAUACCAACUUAAAAUGGAAGAAAAAGAACCUUUUACAUUGUCAGUAAUUAAACGAAUAACAGGAACUUCUGAGUUAGGUAUAGUUCUGAUGAAAACAUUAGACCGUGAGGUCAGAGACUCUUACAAUGUACAAAUAAUUGCCAAAGAUGGAGGUUACCCUCCAAAACAAGGUGUUUUAGAUGUUCAUAUAACUGUGACAGAUGUCAAUGACAAUCCGCCUGUCUUUAGUCGAGAUAUUUUCAAUAUUUCUGUAAAGAAUACUCACCAGAGAAAUGGGGCCAUCUUAAUGUUGUCAGCGAGAGAUCUUGAUUCAGGAGAGAAUGGUAAAGUGUCAUACCAGUUUAGUUCUGAAACACCUGAAAGUGUGAAAUCUUACUUUAGACUCAAUCGAGAUACAGGUGAGAUAUUUUUACAGAAGGAUCUUAGAGCAGAACAUAAAAAGACUUAUGAAUUGUUUGUACGAGCCACAGAUGGUGGCAGUGCCCCUCUCAGUUCCAUAGCCAUGGUUUUGGUAAAUGUCAUCAACCAACACAACAUGGCACCAGAAAUAGAUGUCAACUUUGUCACUCCGAUAAAAGAGAAAGAGAAUACAGCAGCCAUUUCUGAAGGAAUCAAAGUCGGCAGUUACAUAGCGUAUGUCAGUAUUAUUGAUAAUGAUGUUGGACAGAAUGGUGAGGUGGAAUGUAGCCUACACCAUGAUAAGUUCCUUCUUUUAGAAUUAGGUUUAAAAGAAUAUAAAAUUACAUUAAAGAAACUUGUUGACAGAGAGAAACAAGAUAGGUAUGACAUAACAAUUUCUUGCGAAGACAAAGGAUCCCCUCCUUUACAGACUCAGAGACAGUUCUCCAUUGAAGUAAUGGAUGUCAACGAUGUACAGCCACAAUUUACAAAAGAAUCGUUUAAAUUUCUGACUUAUGAAAAUGGGAAAACAAACUUCCCCAUUGGUUUUAUAAAUGCUACUGACCCUGAUAUGGGAGCUGGAGGUCAACUGACUUUUUCUCUGUUGAGUACCAGCAAACAUGUGAUACCAUUCCAGAUAACUGAUUAUGGUUUUAUCUCAACCACUAUACCACUGGAUAGAGAACAACAAAAUGUUUAUAAGUUCCAAGUAUUUGUCAAAGACAACGGGAAUCCUUCAUUAAAUAACACAGCCAAUGUGAUUGUAGAAGUUUUAGAUGAGAAUGAUAAUGCCCCUUAUUUCACCUUCCCUAGUUCGGACCCUUUCAGCCUUGAUGUCCACUAUCAUCCCCAAAGUAAAAAAGAGAUUACUGUUUUAAGGGCUUCAGACAGGGACAGUCAUUUAAAUGCGUUCCUUCAAUAUGAAAUUCUUGGAGGAAACAACAAGCAGCUUUUCACAGUAAACCCUUAUUCUGGGGCGCUGUCUUUUGCUCGAACAGUUUACCAAAAUGAUGCUGGUACUUACAAACUACAGAUCACUGUCAGAGACAGUGGCACACCAGCUCUGACAGCAAGAGUAACAUUAUCUUUAACACUGACCGUCAGCAACAAAACGUCUCCAGCCCUGAAAAAUUUUCAGUCACAAUCUGACAACAUGAUCAACUUGACCUGGGUCAUCAUUAUUGUAACAGCAGCAGUAAUAGUGUCAGUAGCCGUAGUGGUGUCCAUCACACUGUGUGUGGUGAGGUGUAAUAACGACAGAGGUACACAGUACAUUACAGAAAUCAGCUCCGACAGAGAGAAAAGUCAUUAUACCUGCACAACUAAGAAACCUGUGGCCACAACAAGAACCCAAACAAGACAAUCAACUGAAAUGAGGAACAGAAAUACACAAUUUAUGGAAUCAAAAAGUGGUUUUUACCCUCAGUACGAGUCCCAAAGUGAAUGGACUACCUCUACUACAGAAAGAAGGCCCCCUUCAGUUUUACUGGUCUACUUGAGCAGGGCUGACCGGGGCUACCCAACUUCAACCACAACAACAACCAUCUACCACAAGCUAGACUCGGCAGCAACCUAUCCCUGCCCGUUGAUGGUAAAACCGUGGAAUACAAGUGACCAACUUUCCAAGACGUUCCAUAGUAGGUUCCUACUUCCCUUCCAUCGGUCAGUUUGACCGAAACUAACCGAGGUUACUUAACGACAAUAUCAACAACAACACCAACAACAACAACUACUACUACUAAUACUAAUACUACCAUUACUACUACUGAAAAAAGACUCUAUCUCAACCUGACCUGGUCUGUUGGUGAUAAAAAAACAUAACAAAAAAAAAAACUGGACAGUUUCAGAAGACACUUCAAUACAACAAAGAACUGGGUGAUAUUCAUCUAUUAAAUACCUGAACAACAACAACAACAGCAACAAUUGAAACAACAACAAUAAAGGCAACAAUGACAACAACAACACAAACAACAUCAACAACAACAACCUCGUUUCUUGGUUAAUAUCUUAACAUCAUGCUUGACAUACCUUUUUUUACUGUUCCAACAUCACUACAAUGAAUAAAUACCAGAUAUAUAUUGGGGGUUAAAUUUAAUUACCAAUUGCUGACACAAUAACAAAAAUUGCGGGUCUUAUACUUUUGUUACAAGUCAAUGUGUUACAGGGAGAUUAGUCAAGAGGGGGUGGGGCGGGGAUGAGAUUAGACAUAAAAGCAAUUCAAAGGUGGGUUCAUUUGCUGCUGAUGUCUUUAAUUGAUUCCCCCCUAACAAUAUAUGUUACUAUAGAGAUACUUUAUUCAGUUAUAGAUAUGUCGUCUAUGGUCUUAAACUUGUGCCUUUGUAGUUCCAGGUUAAGGAAACCAGGUUGUGGAUCAUUUGUACAUAGGUGUCAGUGUAAAAUAGAAAGAUGAAUUAUAUAAUUCUAGCUUGAAGUAUUAAUUAGAUCUUCACAUCAUCAAAGUUCAUAUAUAUAUAUGUGUGUGUGUGUGUGUGUGUGCGCAUAUGUGCAUGCAUAUAUGUGUGUGUACAUAAAAUUUAAUUUUGUUGCUUGAAACAGUUGGUUGACUCCUUAUCCUUGCAAUAUCUCUUAUCUUCUGGGAAUAGUAAAAAUUCUUUAAAAAUUCCAUCUUAUUUUAUUUUCCUCGCUAUGAACUAUUUGAAAACAAAACCGAAAGUAAAAAAAAAAAUUGGUGACGGAGGGAAUUAAGAAAUAUUUAUACAAAGAAUGUAAUGUUGGACAAUUACAACCACCAAAUCUUCACUGAUACAAAAAUAUUUGGAUGAAUAACGAUUCUUAAUGUACUGACAUGAGUUGGUUGGCUGUGAGGGAAUCAGUUAAUUGAAUCAAUCCCAGAAUUCAAUUGAGUUCUAUAUUCUUGAAGCUGGAAGGGCAGAAAGGGAAUCAGACAUGGUGGAAAUUGAUCUCAGAGUAUUGUAGCGAUGUGACUAAAUACCCUCCCUGCAAUACAAUGAUAAUAAUAAGAA